GUUUUCUGAAUUUUAAAAAAGUUUUGUAAACAAAUUUAAAGGAAGGCACCGGAGUUUGUAAUAAUUUAGAUUUUAAAUUCUUUAAUAUAGUAAUAACUAGAUAAAUAAGGCUCGUAAGAAGAUAUUUUCACUUACUUAUAUCGACAAUGGAAGAAGAUAUUUUGAGUGUAUCUUUGCAGGAGGUUAAAAAUGAUCUUUGCAAAGCAAUUGUCGAAUGCAAUAAACGAGGAUUGUUGCAAAGUGUCAAAUGGUUGGCCGAAAUGAAUCACGGCUUAUCAUACGUAGAGACUACAAGAGAUUUUCACGAAUCAGUUAGUAGCGAUCUUAGCAAAGCGGAUUACGACAACUACUAUCUUGGCAAAAGUUACUUUGAUUUGCGUGAAUAUGAUCGAGCAGCAUAUUUUACGCGUGAUUGUGAAUCUCGUGUACCAAAGUUUUUGCACUAUUACGCCACGUACAUGGCAAAGCAAAAAAGGCAACUAGAAAGUGUUACAGACAACUCCAAUCUCAGUGACAGCCCGCUUGCUAAAGAUAUGUCUGAUCUUUUGGCUAGUUUGAAAUAUGAAUACAGUGAACGAAAGCUGGAUGGAUAUGGUUUAUAUUUAUAUGCAGUGGUUCUUAAAAAUGUUGGCCUCAACGAAAUGGCGAUACAUGUCUUUGUCGAAUCAAUACAAGAAACUCCGAUGCUGUGGAGCUCUUAUGUCGAAUUAGCACCUUUAAUAUCUGAAAAAGAAAAGAUUAUUGCUUUGAAUUUGCCAAAUCAUUGGAUGAAACAAAUAUUUCUGGCACAUGCUUACAUUGAGUUAUAUCUUAAUUACGAAGGGUUAAAGCAAUACGAAAACUUAAGGGCGGCAGGCUUCCAGAAUUGUAUUUACAUAACUUCACAAAUGGCUUUGGCAUACCACAACAAAAGAGAGGUGGAUAAAGCGAUUGAAGUCUUUCAAACUAUUCAAGAAGUUGACCCUUAUCGUCUAGAUAAUUUGGACACAUAUUCUAAUUUACUUUUUGUAAAAGAACUCAAAACGGAAAUGGCUUCCUUGGCGCAUAAAGCUUUAUCGAUCAGUAAAUACAGACCAGAAACUUGUUGUGUGAUCGGUAACUAUUACAGUAUACGUAGUGAUCACCAGAAAGCCAUCAUGUAUUUCCAAAGAGCCUUAAAACUAAAUCCACAAUAUUUAGCAGCCUGGACGUUAAUGGGACACGAAUUUAUGGAACUUAAAAAUACAAAUGCUGCUAUUCAAAGCUAUCGGAAGGCUGUCGAGGUAAACAAGCGCGAUUAUCGAGCUUGGUAUGGACUUGGACAAUCGUAUGAAAUAUUGAAAAUGCAUUACUAUAGUUUGUAUUACUUCAAAAACGCCCACAAACUGAGACCUUUUGACAGUCGGAUGCUUGUCGCACUUGGAGAAACAUAUGAAAAACUUGAAAAAAAUGAAAACGCUAUUAGGUGUUAUUUGAAGGCAUGCAAUGUGGGUGAUAUAGAAGGUAUAGCACUUUACAAGCUUGCGAAUCUAUAUGAAAAGCUUGGUAACAUUGAGAGUGCAGUCCCUGCAUACAUAUCGUAUUGCGCGGAUGAAAGAGCAGCAGCGGAUAAGCAGAGCUUGUUCCAUGCGUACAUUACACUUGCAAAUUAUUAUGAAAACAAUGGUCAGUACGAGAAAGCUGCUCACUAUGCCUACAAGUGUCUGGAAUCUGAUGAAAAAAAAUCGGAAGCAAAAUCUCUCCUUAAAACGAUUGAAAACAAGCGAUUAUCCCAACCUGUUCAAAAUAGAGCUACAUCUAAAGAAUUGUAUUCCAAUGAUGUUAUGAUGGAUGCGAGUCGAAUAUCCAUUACAAAUAAAGAAGAUAAAUCAAGUUCGGAAAAUGUUAGCACUGAGAUUUUAGAUAGAAAUUCUGAUGAUAAUAACACCAUGGACAUGUCAACAAUGUCAAUGGACUAAUUUUCGUUAAAGAACAAAAUGUGUACAAUAUUUGUUGCGCUCAGAUAAGUGACUAAGUGCCCUUUGAUAAUAAAUAAUUAUUAAUAAGUUAACAAUUUGUUUCUCCGUUCAUAUACACUGUACUCUCUUUCUAAAUUCUGAGCUAAGAAUACUAAAGCAAAAUUAAGUUAACCGUUAUUAUUCUGAACACAUCAUUUAUAAAUAAAGACAGAAAAAAACAUUUUCCAAUUGAUUAAAUAAAAUUCGCCAAAUAAAGUUAA